AUGAAUACAAUUAUAUCGAACAAAUUUGUUUCUGAAGAGGAGAUUCAGGAAGCACGCGAAAGACGUAAAGCUGAAUGGAAAAGGGUACUUGAAGAAGGAGGAGAAAAGUCUACUGAUGAGACAGCCACACGGGAAGAAGAAUAUGAUCCAAGAACAUUGUAUGAACGAUUACAAGAACAAAAAAUGAAAAAGGAGGAAAUGUUUCAAGAAAUGACGAGAUUUAGUAACCUAAUUCACAGGCUUGACGAGGACGAAAUAGAUUUUCUAGCUGCUUUAGAGACCGAAGAGCGUAAUAAAGAGCUCAAUAAAUUACAGAAAGAAGAGGAAGAGUUAAAAGAAUUCAGGCGAGAUGCUCAACGAAUGAUACUUGAAGGUGCUGUUAAGCGAAAAAACAGCACAAAAACGCGUAAAAAAUCUUUGACCGAGACAGAUAGUCAUCAUCGUGCUGCUGCUGUUUCUUCCGAUGGAAAAGAUCCAUCGUCGUCAUCUCGACAUUUGGACAAACGAGUUAAAUUAGAUGAAUUAACAACAUUGAAAACGGAAAAAGAAUCCUCAUCUGCAAAAAAAAUAGCAAAUUCAAAAUCUAAUCCUCUAGCUUCUAUACUGGCAUAUAGUGAGGAUAGUGAAGAUGAUAAUAGUAAUUGA